CGUAAAGUACGGUACCCUACUUCGUAAAACAUUCGAGUUUUUACAGGUGCUGACGCAAGCUCUUGUUGCGGGCCACAAUUUCGGUGAAAUAGAAAAGAAACCGACGUAACCAUAAGUUUCAUUUUCUCGCGAUCUGUCUGAAUUCACUCCGUUGAACCUCGUACAUACGAGUACAGAGAGGUACUGAACGGUAUCGUAUUCUGUCGUACCUUGUCUUCGAAAACGUAUCGUACAAAACGUUUCCGGACAGAGGCUGACAAGCCAUCACAAAAAGCUCUGUAGGAACAACAUCCUCUGGUUACAAGACAUCGACUACGUGUAGUUGUAGAAAUGUUUUGAUUUUUGUGGAUUUUUUAUCUACUCCUUCAUUCUUUAAUUUCGGAUUAUAUUCACUCAGAGUUAUACAUUGCACAGGAUAAAGAGAUCACGGUCGGAGAAACCAGAUCAAAGAGAAGUUCUCGCAUGGGAUUCCUCAAAACUUCGACCGUUGUGAAGACGAUGACCCACUCUCCACCGCCAAAACACAGACGUCAGCCCUCGCUCGCGUCUUCUUCGACAUCGUCGUCGACCUCUUCCUCUUGCUCCUCUUCGUUCGAACACCAUGUUUUCACCGUUGAAGACGGCACCGAUAUGGGAAGUUUAUCGAGGUGUCAGGAGCUGGAUCUGGGGUCAGAAUUACAACAGUCGUCAUGGAAUGACGACGACACCGAUUCACCUUUUGUGUCGAAAAGAGAGAAAGCCGAAUUAAUGGUUACCGAAUGUGGAGACGAACAACAAUUGCAACAAUUGACCAUGUCUCCGGCGAAACAGUUAGUGGAUUACAGAAUCAGAGUGAGAAGUAGACCCGAAUCGUCGUUUUUGUCGUCUCAAUCAUCAUGGAUGAUUCAAAACAGUCGAUCGCCGUCGAAUGUUUUCUUUUCCUCUCAUAUUAGUAGUUCGAGUCGAGAGGACGCCGAGUACCAAAUUAAAAAUACUAUCGAUGCCCUCGUUGGAUCCAUUUCAGCCGCAAUCAAUUUCUGUCGUCAUUCGGGAGUUCCAAAACCCAGCAUUUUGCAACUGGAGCGAAACCUGAAAAUGAAACGGUACUUUGCAGUGCUCAGUCGCAUACAACAUUAUAUUGGGUGUGUGCGAUCGGAAACGAUGGAUGAUCUACAGGCAAAAAUUUACUUGGCCGUCACUGCAUGGGAAGCACUGUGCAGGUACAAAGCCCUGGAAUAUAAACUUGCGUACAAAAACGUGUCGCGGUUGAGGAAUGCCGCUGCAGCUACGGUCGAACAAUCGGGAUCGUCGUUUUCGUUGUCCUCGUCGUCGGCGGUCCUAUCACGGACCUCUGGAGGAAAGAUCGAUGAAUCCGAAAUCGAAAGAGCCAUACAGUUGCAAAUUAAAUAUGGAGAGCAAGCGACGAUGUGCCAAAAGAAGUUGUAUCUGGUACAAAGAUGGCAACGGCAGGUACUGUCUAGGGGAUGAUAACCAUUAUUUUUAUGUCUAUCACAUGGUUGUGCGCAAAGGAAAGACACUCAAGAGUAGUAGCGCAGGGGAUAACGCUGAUAUUUACCGUUGGUGACUCGACAAGGCGACAUCUUGCGAUGAGCUUUGAUAAAAAUAGGACGUUAGU